UGAAAAUAUUUGGGUUUCACUUUUUUUGAAUUAAAAUACUGCUAUGAAGUUUUUCACACUAAUCAUAUUGCAAUGCGCCUGUAUAACUGGGGUGAGCAGACUGUCAAUAAUAUCCUACUCACAAGAGUCAUGGGAGUGUUGCUUGCCAGCCUUAUGUAAUAUCCUAUUUGAAUGUUUGUGAUACUGAAUUUCAUCUUUCUAGCACGAAAACAUUCCACCAGAGAACAUUUAUGUUACUCGUUCUGGAGAUUUAUCAGCAUAAACACACAAUGUACUCAAUCAUAUCCCUAUCCGUCACUCAAAAAUAUUCCUUAAGACUAUUCACUUCAUUUUCCAUUUGUAAUUGUGAAAUCAAUGACACAGAAAAGUUAACAAGUGAGCAUGAAACAGUUGCUGAAUCUUUUCUCUUCAUGCAACAGGAGAACUUUCCACUGGUUUCAUACAUCAGACAAAGUGCUGGCUGCAUGAGGAACAUAUUGGAACACUAGACAUGUGCAAGUGUAUUGAGUAUAUGUAGCGGAUUUUCAAAACGCAGGAGGCUCCACUUCAACCAUGCCAGAGUCCUCCUCGGAUGUCAAGGAUGUUGGCAGCAACUCUAUCAAAUGUCACACACCCCCACUAAUGGGGUACUUGGACCAGCCUCCGCUGUCUCUGCAGAGAACUUCCUACAUGAACAUGAACUUCUGCAAUGAGCAUAACGUUCCAGAAUGUGUCACACAUCUCAAUCAGGAGGUGCUAUCACUGGGACUUCCACCAGUUUGGACGCAAUCUGGCAGCAGCUCAGAGCUGAAUGUUGUCUCGCUACUUAACUGCGUGUACGAGCUGCUUCAGCUCCACCGCAGAGGCCUCCAAACUGUGGAGAACAUGGAGAUGGAGCAGUUGAAGUCCAGCAACUGUGUUGACUCCCUGCAGCUCACCAUCACGCGAUUGAAGGAGCAACUUGAACUUGCCAAAAGAGAGAACACUGGUCUUCUUGAGCGGGAACGACAGCUCCAUCUGAAAGUGAAGAGUUUGCAGAACUCCUUGAAAAAUGAAAAGGAAGAGAUUCACAAGCUACAGAACGUUGUGUCCAGCCGGGCUAGCCAGUACAAUCACGAAAUGAAGAGGAAAGAGAGAGAGUUUAACAAACUGAAAGAGAGAAUGAAUCAGCUCCUGGUCGACAAAAAGGAGAAGAGACUUGCGAUUGACGUAUCAAAUAAACUUGAAAGGGCAGACGGCAAGAGGAGCCUCUGGAAGACUGAGAAGACGGUAGCAAAGCACGAGGGGGAGAUGUACAAAACUCUGCUUUGGGACUACGAGAGCAGGCAGAAGGAGCUACUGCUAGAAAAUGCUGAAUUGAGAAAAGUUUUGAAGCAGAUGAAAAAAGAGAUGGUGGGCAUUCUCAGUUCCAGGAAGCCAACUGUCAACGGAGACAAACAGGACAACGGUGCUCAAGAAGGGGUACAGGUGGACUCGGAUGAGGAAGAAGGGAUUGAUUCUUGUAAGGAGAGUGUAGACCUGUUUAGUGUUCAUGCUCGGGAGAAGUUGACCAACGGUGUUCGGCGUCAGUGGAAAAAAUUGAAGACCCACGUUGAGAGACUGGAUAGCCGAGAUGACAGCGAAGACACUGAGAAUGUUCCCCAUGACGCAUCCAAGGAAAUGGGCAAACUAAGACUCGAGGCCCGGCAGUGUAAAGACUAUAUUCAGAAACAGCAACACCUCCUGCAGCAGAAGCUGAGUGCUCAGUGUGAAGAGGAGACCUCCGCCAUGCUGGCCGACUGCCACAUGUUCCAGGAGAAAGAUUGUCUCAGAGACGAGUGGAAGACCCUCGAGGGCCAGAGGAAGAGUUUUGAGAGGGAGAGGAGGAACUUCACAGAGGCAGCAAUCCGACUGAGUGAAGAGAGGAAGACCUUUGAGGAAGAACGCGCCACGUGGCUCAAACACCAGUUUUUAAACUCGAGCCCUUUUGCUGACUCCAAGAAACCACAGUUGCACUGUGCCUUUCAGACACUAGCUGAAAAAGAGCCCAGUAGAGCAUCGCUUCCUGAAAGGGCCAUCACCUCCCCCACUCCUGGAUGUGCACCAAGUGUAUCAUCCUCCACAUCGGACCUGCUUCACACAUUAAGCAUCAUCUGUGAAAACAGCUCCACCAAACCAAAGAGGAGCGAAGAUGCGAGAGAUGCUAGCUUCUUGGUGGCGGAGCACAAAUGGUGGAUUAGCGGCGGCGACCACAGCAGCCUCACGCUCACACGGGACAACGGCUCUAUCUGAGAAUAAAGGCCGAUAUCCAUGCACUGCGCUACAGUGCAUACCAAAGUAUUUAGACUUCGGGAUUUUUAGGACCCAUGACCCGAGGGAGGAUAAAAGCAAAGAUGGAUGGUUGUUGGAGGUAUUUUGUAUGAUCUGGUCAGUUGUGGGCAUUUUGUUUUCAUUCAGUUUUCGAUUGAGAUUUUGUGGAAAGUAUUUUCUCUUGUACUGUUUAGCUAUUAUAUUAAAGCCCUGGAGGUGGUCAGUACAAGAAAGAACCAUGUAAGGCUCAUUGGUUACGGGUGUCAUUCGAACAAGAAUCUUCUUUUUUUGUGUUUAGAGACACAGUAGACACAUAUGAUAGUAACCUUUUUUUGUCGGAUGAUUAUGAGACUAGUGUUAGUGUUCACACUUGAAAGUGAUUUUUUCUAUUUUAAUGCAGACAAAUUUGUGAAACUCCUCUGUAUGAAAUGUGUUU